AUAUGUUGUGGCAUUGGGGAGGGGGCCAGAGGACUUCUUCAUGCCCACAGGCGUCUCCUGUCUACAAGGGGAAUGAUCUGGAGUACUGCACUCAGGCCUAUCAUUAGGCCAUUGGAGCCCAUGCUUAGGAAUGGAUAACUUUGCCACUGAAUGUUGCAGUUCUACUAAACAAUUUUUGGAAUAACUACAAAGUACCAUUUAUUUGCUUUUUAAGAUUGAUUUUCUUUGUCAUUUUUAUAUAAAUAUGUCUUUAUAGCAUUGAUUGAUUUUAAGUGACAAAAGUUAUCACAUAAACAGACUUUCCAAUUUAUGAAUAAACAUAGACCAUGGCAGCAACCUAUCGCAUCGUGGUCAGCAGUAUAAACUGUUACAACAGUGUAGUAAUUGACCGCCGUGUCCAGCACACUGUACACUACUGUAAUGGACCCUGUGGUGCUCUAAAACAUGGAAUUAACUGCACAGUGGCUCACAGGAGCACUUGUGCUGAGCUUCUUGAUGCCCACAUGUCCAGACCUUGCUCUGACCGGCCCAUCAUCAUUCAUGAGUCAAAAACUAUGGAGAAUGGGAACUCCGGGUCUGGUUCCUUCUGUGAUGACUAUCACCAGGUCAUCCCCAGAGCCAAGAAAGGAUUAACAAUCCAAAGCUCAGCCAGCCUCAAGGAUAUUACUGGUGAGGCCAUUAACCUUGCCAGUGGGAAAAUCAAAGAGUUUUCGUUUGAGAAGAUCAAGUACUCCUCCAGCCACGUGACUUUCAGAAAGGGUCGUAAGGUUAGGCCAGAUUCCUUCAGCAGAAGGUCUACUGAUCUUGACAUCAUCUACGGCCAAUUCACAGGCAAUGAUGAGAACUGUCCUCCAUUCGGGCUAUUUCAGAAGUCUGUACUAGAAGAGAAUAAGCUGAGUCGCAGUGCGUCUUUGGAGCAGAACUUAAACAAUGUGGCCACGCUCUACCUAAACAGCCUCACCGAGGAGAACUUAAUAUCUCGUAUACUGGAGAAAACCAAGACAGACAGCAGUGCCUCAGGAGAAGAUAUUAAAGCCUGUCUGGACAUUCUCCUCAAGUGCUCAGAGGAUCUGAAGAAGUGCACGGACAUCAUCAAGCAAUGUAUCAAACGAAAGUCUAUUGGUGAAAGCAGUGAUGACUCAAGUAACCCUGAGGCCAUUUAUAAAAAUGUGAUGGCACGUCUGUCCAAUUAUCUGAAGAGGCUUCCUCUUGAGUUGGAACAGGGGCAAACUGGGAGGCAAGAACACAGUGAGCUUGCUGAACUAGUCAGCAGCAUACAUGGGUUGCAACAAAUCCCCUUUUCCCCCAUCUUUGGCAAUGAGCAGCCUCCGCGUUACGAGGACGUUGUUCACUUCCCUCCGCCCUCAAAGCCUCGGGUGAAAUCUUCCCAGCCAGAACCUCAAGAAGGCUCUAGGGAUCUUGCUGGCAAUGUGAACCCCAUGCAGAGCCUCCCUGGUUUGAUAGCACGCACAUCUCCAUCAACUAAUGAUUUUCAGAAUGGCAGCUUGCCUUCAGCCUCCAGUAGCAGCUCAACACCUUUUAUCUGCCACCACACAGUCUCAAACAGCCGACUGGAUACUUUCUGUUCCACAAAUUCGCUCUUGUCUAACAGUAGUGAAAGCCUUUGUAAAGAUGCUAUGGAGGCUUUGUAUAUUGAGGAGGAGGAAGCAGAUGUGGGAAGGAUGCAGGACAGGACAGUGAAAGGGGAUGGGAAGCACAGCUGUAGUCUAUCAGAGUCCAGACAGUACUCCAAAAGACCCACUGGCUACUCUGAGCCUGGUGUUAGUGUUUCAGAUAAACACCCUGAGCUUAGCAGAAAUGGAACUGCAUUCAAGCCUAAAAAUGACUUGCUUGUCAAUCAGAUAUAUUUGCCAAAAAGCACAGAUUCCAGACCAUUCUCAAAGUCAACCUCGCACACUACUAAAGGAGGGACUGAUGACAUUGAUAAACUGCUAAUGGACCUUGAGUGUCUUUCCCAUAACAUGCAAAAGGAGCCUCCACUGCCCCCUAAACUUAAGAACUUAAGAACCCAGCAGAUAAGCUCCCCCCAGCACCAGCAUAUGAUUGGUAACUCUAAAGAUCUACCUAUAGCAAGUUCUUCUGGCCACUCAGUGGACAAGCACUCUGAGCCAGAAGUUGAGGCCAGUAACGAGGAUGAUGGAGCACUGCUACUCAGGAUUCUUGAGAGCAUUGAGAGCUUUGCUCAAGAGCUGGUGGAGAGUGGAGCUGGGAGAGGCACUCAGUCUAAGGAACGAGAGGUGAUGCGUCUUCUCCAGGAUACACUGGCCAGCACCAAAGCAGAGGUUACUCCAGACCCAGUGCCAGUACCUUCAUCAGAGAAUGCACAAACAACUCCCUCAAGUGCAUCUGCAGCCAUACCUACCCCUGCUCCUAAUGUGAGGGACACAGGCUCAACGCUUCUCAUCCAACAGACACCCGAAAUUAUCAGGAUCCAGCCAGAGAAGAAACCUGGAACACCUCCUCCAACUCUUGCACCUGCACCUUCCUCGCCAACCCCACGGCCGCCCAGCCCUCCACCAGCCAAAGCUGUGAUCACUACCCCACCCUCCUCCAUAAACAUUCCACGCUUCUACUUCCCCAAAGGCCUUCCAAACUGUGCUGCCAACUAUGACGAGGCCAUUGCCAAAAUUGAGGCAGCCUUCACAGAGUUUGAGGAGGAGAAAGCUGACAUAUAUGAGAUGGGGAAGAUUGCGAAGGCAUGCGGUUGUCCACUCUAUUGGAAAGCAUCAUUGUUUAUUUGCGCUGGUGGAGAGAGGACAGGUUUUGUUUCUGUUCACUCAUUCAUUGCAACAUGGAGAAAGUUAUUGCACAGCUGCUAUGAUGAUGCAUCCAAGUUUGUUUACUUGCUGGCCAAACCAGGCUGCCAUUACCUGGAACAAGAAGAUUUCAUCCCUCUACUACAGGACAUAGUGGACACUCAUCCAGGGCUGACGUUUUUAAAAGAUGCUCCUGAAUUCCAUUCCCGGUACAUCACAACAGUUAUUCAGAGAAUAUUUUACACAGUUAAUCGCUCAUGGACUGGCAAGAUCAACAUGACAGAGCUCAGGAGAAGCAACUUCCUCCAGACUCUCGCCCUGCUAGAAGAAGAGGAUGAUGUCAAUCAAAUCACAGAUUAUUUCUCUUAUGAGCACUUUUAUGUCAUUUACUGUAAGUUCUGGGAGCUGGACACUGACCAUGACCUCUUUAUCGACCCCAAGGACCUGGCCAGGUACAAUGACCAUGCUUCAUCAAGCAGAGUCAUCGAGAGGCUUUUCUCUGGAUCUGUUACAAGGGGAAACUCAGUGCAAAGAGAAGGGAGAAUGAGCUAUGCUGAGUUUGUUUGGUUCCUCAUCUCAGAGGAGGACAAAAAGAACCAUACAAGUAUAGAGUACUGGUUUCGCUGUAUGGAUAUGGACGGAGAUGGCAUUCUUUCCAUGUAUGAACUGGAGUUCUUCUAUGAGGAACAGUGUGAACGCAUGGAGGGUAUGGGCAUUGAACCACUGCCCUUCCAGGAUCUCUUGUGUCAGAUGCUGGACUUAGUCAAACCAGAAUGCCCAGGUAAAAUUACUCUUCGAGAUCUAAAGCGCUGCAGGAUGGCACAUAUAUUCUAUGACACGUUCUUCAAUCUGGAGAAAUAUCUAGACCAUGAGCAGAGAGAUCCCUUUGCAGUGCAAAAGGAUUUGGACAGUGACGGUCCAGAGCCCUCAGACUGGGAUAAGUAUGCUGCUGAAGAGUAUGAGAUUCUUGUGGCAGAGGAGACAGCCAAUGAACAGAUACGAGAGGGAUCUUUUGAUGAUGAUUACGAGUCAGAUGAACACAUGGUGUCCUCAGACUUUGGAAAUAAAAUGGAUAAGCUGGUUAUUUCGGAUUUAUCGGCAUAAGCCACCUUUAUCGUCUCCACACCGUGACGUUCAUCAAAAACAUGAAUGGAUCACCAUCACCCCAUUUUCACUCUCUUCUCGAAAAGGGAAAAUUAUUUUGUACAUUUCAUUAAGGAAAUUUGUGUGCGUGUGUGUGUGUGUGUGUGUGUGUGUGUGUGCAAUAGAACUGAUUCUAAUACCAAAAGGCUUUCAGAAACACACAAAAUGCUUUAUGUGCAAUAUGUCUUAACAUGUAAAUGUAAACUCAUUAUUUUUCCAAUCUCUUUCUGAUAACAUCCACUCCCCCAAACUAAACUGCCGGCUGGUUUCAUUCACCCUUUGUAAAGACUUUGAUGUGAAAAACUGGACUUCAUAGUAACUUUAAAAGAAGUUUAGAAUGUGCUUUAAUGUGAGUGAAACUAUAUGUAAUGCUGCCAUAUUUUUAAGAGGUGGGGAAGGAAGAGAGAGAGAGAGAGCAAAUAGUGUUGCUCACAUUAUCCUUGUGUAAUAUAUAGCUUCAAGAGUCCUCUCAGACUAAAAUCAAAUAUUUAAGACAUGAUAACAGCACAUAUCCUUUGCUAUGCUGUGUUGCACAUUGUGUUUAAGGGACAUUGAGGUUGCAACAGUACAAACAUAUCAGCGGUUAUGUAUUGCCCCUAGCGGUCACUGAUAGUAUUGCAUGUUGUUGCUUAAAAGAAGAGAAAGAAAGUUGUGACUUUUUAGGUAUUUCAACUUAACUACAGACAUCCAACCUGCAUUACAUAUUUCCAGAUGAACUGACCAGGACAAUCUUAGACUUGAAAAUGCUUUUUGGAUAUUUUCUUUCUCAGCCAUAUAUUCAAGAUAUGCUGCGAUUUUCUGGGGUCGAAAUUGUCACACCUUUUUUAAAGAAAUGCAAAUAUGAAAUAUAUAUAUAAAUGCAUCCUGCUUAUCAUCCUCUAAGUGAUGUGUACAAAAAUGUAUGUCCUAUAGCAUUUUGUGUAUGUUUUGAAAUUAUAUAAAUACACUUGUAAUCAUUUGUAAAGAUCUGAAUAAGAGUUGGAAAGCACUAUUUAUUUGGUCUGGGCAUUGCAAACUCUGUCCGUAAGAUUAUACAGAAGCAGAUCAGUGUGUAUAAAAUGUGUAUAAAAUGUCAUGCCACAGUCCCUCUUUUCUGACCCCUGGUUAUGAGUGGCCGGUCUCAAGUUUAACCUCUCAAUUAAUUCAUGGACAUCACCCAAGUACUGCCAAAUUCAAUCCAUACAUCGUCCCAAAGGAACUCUGUGAACUCUGGUACCUCUUUCCACUGUUAGCUCAUGUAUCCACAUUAAAUGUGAAGUGUCAUUUAUGUGCCAUUAUUGGCAACAAACAGAAUUGCAGAACAAAUUGUUGUUUUCAGACAGUUUUCCCAAACACUCCCCUCGACCUCCAUUGCCUGGACAAACAGGUAGCCCCGCACCAAACUCAGGUUAUUUGUUGAGAAAGCACAGCAGUGUUUACAUCUUUUGGGGAAAUCAACCUAUGAAUUGCUUUUUAUAGUUGUCUCUGCAUAUUAAGCUGGGAUAGGAGGAAGUAUUUCAAUAUAUAAAAUUAAACGCAUCACCUUAAAUGUAAAACAUGCCUGUCUCUUAGCCAGAUCAGUUGUGUGUGUGUGUGUGUGUGUGUGUGUGUGUGUGUGUGUGUGUGUGUGUGUGUGUGUGUGUGUGUGUGUGUGUGAGAGAGAGAGAGAGAGAGAGUAUGUGAGAGAGCACUCGCGUGCUCUUUCACACACUCUUUGGUUUAUGUAAUUAGUGUAAUAUAUUUAUAUACAUUAUAUGGAUUGGUUUGUUGUUUGUUUUCAUUUGGCCAGCCAUUUUCAUGGAUACCAGUAGCUUUUGUUGUACUGUAGACUAGCUCUGACUAGCUUUUAAUUAGGACAUUUAUUUUAUAAGGCCUUUGUAAAUGUCUUUGUAUUUUAUUUUUCCCAUGUGAUUCACUCUGCCACUGAGUGGUAGGGGAAGUUUAAGUUAUGAUAUAUCUCUAACUGCCAGUGUUAUAUAAUGUGCAUUAAGCUGAGUGGGCAGGGGCUUUAUAAAAUAAUUCAAUAUGAAUUCACUGAUAGGUGACAAUCAACUGAAUGCAUUUCUGGGAUAAUGACAUGCAAGUAGCACUUAGAAAACAGAGCAAUACAACUGCUGUAGUGUUAAACUUUUAUCAGGACUAUUAGACAUUAAGAAAAAAAACACAAAUCUAAAUCAAAACUUGACUGCUAUGAGUGCUAUGCAAAUCUGAUCUUCUGGACAGCUAUUGGCAGCUACAGAAGCUUUUUUUUUCUUUCGUUUUUAUAUCUUUCCAUGUGUUUUUUUCCCCCUUGCAGACAGUGAAAGACGGGACUUAAGUAAGGUGAUCUCCUAUGUGUUCUGAUGAGAUGGCUCUUGUGUUCGCAUGAUUUUUUCCCCCUCUUUCUUUUGAA